GGGAUGAGAGGAUUCUUCAGUUCGCCAGUCGGUUGUAGCCUGCCGGUUGUAGAAUGCUAUGCUCUAAGAAAGAUGAAAAAAGUUUAAAAUUCGACACGCGCCCCCUCCCCCGUGGAGCUUACAUUAAUAAUAUCAAUAGCUAACAUUUAUUAAGCACUAUGUCAGGAACUGUUCUUACAUUUAACUUAUUUAGAGUUCACAAGAACCUUAUGAGGCUCAAUAGCCAUGACAUCGUUUGUACGGUGCGGGCCAUCGUUUGUACAGAUGAAGAAGCCAAGCUCCAAGGACUAUGUCAUAAGCCAGUGACAGAGCUGGAAGGAGAAGGUCAGAGCCCUUGAUCACCUGCUCCAAAACCCAUCAUUCUGCACAGCAGGCUGAAAGCUGAAGGUGAUUUUACAGCGAGAUGCUGCUCUCCAUCGGGAUGCUCAUGCUGUCGGCCACACAAGUCUAUACCAUCUUGACUGUCCAGCUCUUUGCAUUCCUAAACCUACUGCCUGUAGAAGCGGACAUUUUAGCAUAUAAUUUUGAAAACGUGUCUCAGACAUUUGAUGACCUUCCAGCAAGAUUUGGUUAUAGACUUCCAGCUGAAGGUUUAAAGGGCUUUUUGAUUAACUCAAAACCAGAGAAUGCCUGUGAACCCAUAGUGCCUCCGCCACUAAGAGACAAUUCAUCUGGCACUUUCAUCGUGUUAAUUAGAAGACUUGAUUGUAAUUUUGAUGAAAAGGUUUUAAAUGCACAGAGAGCAGGGUACAAAGCAGCCAUAGUUCACAAUGUUGAUUCUGAUGACCUCAUUAGCAUGGGAUCCAACGACAUUGAGGUACUAAAGAAAAUUGACAUUCCAUCUGUCUUUAUUGGUGAAUCAUCAGCUAAUUCCCUGAAAGAUGAAUUCACAUAUGAAAAAGGGGGCCACAUUAUCUUAGUUCCAGAAUUUAGCCUUCCGCUGGAAUACUACUUAAUCCCCUUCCUUAUCAUAGUGGGCAUCUGUCUCAUCUUGAUAGUCAUUUUCAUGAUCACAAAAUUUGUCCAGGAUAGACAUAGAGCUAGAAGAAACAGACUUCGUAAAGAUCAACUUAAGAAACUCCCUAUACAUAAAUUCAAAAAAGGAGAUGAGUAUGAUGUAUGUGCCAUUUGUUUGGAUGAAUAUGAAGAUGGAGACAAGCUCAGAAUCCUUCCGUGUUCCCAUGCUUAUCAUUGCAAGUGUGUAGAUCCUUGGCUAACUAAAACCAAAAAAACCUGUCCAGUCUGCAAGCAAAAAGUUGUUCCCUCUCAAGGCGAUUCAGACUCUGACACAGAGAGCAGUCAAGAAGAAAAUGAAGUGUCAGAACAUACCCCUUUACUCAGACCUCUGGCUUCUGUCAGCACCCAGUCAUUUGGGGCUUUGUCGGAAUCCCGCUCACAUCAGAACCUGACAGAAUCUUCAGACUAUGAGGAAGAGGACAAUGAAGAUACUGACAGUAGUGAUGCAGAAAACGAAAUUAAUGAACAUAGUGUUGUGGUCCAACUGCAGCCUGAUGGUGAACAGGAUUACAACAUAGCAAACACUGUUUGACCUUCAGAGGGUAUUGGGUUAUUUCCCUUUAAAAUGUUUAUUUAGGGAUAUAGUUUUUUUGCUCCCUUCAGAGAUUUCUGUAGAAAUAACUUAUUUUUUAGUAUUCUACAGGUUAAUCAGAUUACUGAAACAGGUUUUUUUGAUCUGGUAUUUAUCUGCAGGAGUGUACUUCGUUUCACUAAGAACUAAUAUAGACUGGUGCUGUAACUCAAGCAUCAAAUCAGCUCUUUUGGAAUGAAAUAUAGCCAAAACAUUUAAAAAAAAUCCUCACUAUAGCUUACAGUUAAAACCUAGAUCACAGUAUGCAAAUCUUUCAUGUUUUUACACACAAGUCAGUGCUGUGGCCACCUAAGCAUGAGCUAAGCCAACUCCCAUCUCCAUAAAGUUACCUAGAGUUGUUGAGCUGGAAUAUGCUUGUUCUGGUAUUUCUGCUAUCGUUAGUGAGAGGCGACAAGUUAAGUUAGCAUUUUUCUUCCUAUCAGCACCACAGAGACUCAAAGCUGUCUUUUUCCUUUCUAUUGCCAAGUAGUCUUAUCCUGAUAGGAACAGUCUAUACUAGGGCAGAUUGCAAAAGGUUUUUUUUUUUUUUAAGGUUUUUAAUACUAUAGUGUUAUGUAUGAACUUGACUUAUUGGCUCAUGUCUCUGGACUUUACUUACUGAAUUUCAGUAUCCUUAAGGAUUUUGUGUUGUUGUGAUCAAAGGAAAAAGAAAAUGCUGUAUAAAAAUACCAGACUUCAGUAACUGUUAAGACUCAGAUCAUAUACCUCUUAAUAAAGAGCAUCUUAUGCUAAUUAGCCCUGCUAAACUAUGUACAGAGGAAAUUGUUCAAGUAUUGGAUUUGCAAAUAUUGCUUAUCUUUAACAGAACUAAUGAUGUAUUUAAACAAUGUAUUAUGAAAAGCUAAAUUAUACAUUAUUGUAACUAUGUAGAAAAUAUAGACUUAUGUAUAAUCAAAAUGUUAAGAAUUUUUAUAUGGCCUUGUAUGAAGGGAGUUUGAAUGUUAAU